AUGAGCUCCGCGACCAAGGACGAGGGUGACCUCACCGAGACGCUCCGCCAAGCGACCGAGAGCUCCGUGCACCUCCAAGACGCCCUCAUGACGACCGAGGAAGAUGUGAUCAACCUCGCGGUAGAGCAGUUCAACAAGACUGCACUGGGCUUGCAGCACUGGGUCGUGGACCAGAGCAAGCUCCUCGACUCGACGAUGCUGCUCCAGCGCCUCCCCGUUCUUGACAAGAUGCUGGCGCAGAUGAGCUGCGAGGUCUCGGCCGUGGACGCUGCGCCUUCGGACGACCAAGUUGCGAUGGACGGGACGAUGGACGCGGCGACGUGCAAGAUGACAACGUGGUCCAUGACGGACACAGCAAUGGACGCGACAGUGGACGCGAUGAUGAACACGGGGAUGCACAAGAUGACAACCCGGUCGAUGACGCCCAAGAAGGGCCAGCCACCAGCGCUCAACACGCCAAGCAAGGGCAAGAGCGCGAAGAAAGCGAAGGGCAAGUCGCCCAAGAAGCCCGUCGCCCCGCCGCUUGACCCGGCUACGGUUCUUGCGGAUUUACGCGCCGCUGGUGUCGUGUCGCCCGCUGGUGUUCGUGAACACUAUGCGGGCGAUGCCUUGUUCAAGGUGUGCUCGGGCCUCGGCCUCCACUCUAUCCGGCUCCGUUCCAAGUGCGCCAAGGUCAUCUUCACCUACUUGAAGACGUUUGCCAAAGUCGAAGAAAGCGCGUCGCGCAGCCCUAUGUAUAUGCAUUGA